AUGCUGUCUCUCAACCCGCAACAAGACUAUCAACACCAGCCUCGCUGCCUCCCAUUCAGACCCUUCACCUCUGGCCGUCCCUCCACCGACCUGCCGUUGUAUACCAUCAUGGCCAUGGGCAACAGCACUGCAAGCGGCCUCGGUGCCUCUUCCUCGGCAAAACUGUCCAAGACUGCCACGACUUCAUCUGCCACCGUGGCGCAAGCGCUCGAGGUUGCUCGAGAGAGCCCAGAUGGCGCCUCAGAUUCCACAAUCAGCGGUAUCCUCGAGACGGCCCUGGAACAGACUUGGUCCAAAAUCACCGCACAACCAAGUUCCUACAUCAUGAGCCGAGACGAGUUUGCUGUCUUCAACUACUUCCAACAUCGGUUCGUCGAUAACCGUACCGCGACGGAGGCGAGAAGCCGAUAUUGGGACAACAUGACAGGGCCACCCGCCAACUAA